UGAGUAGGCUACUAUUACACCAGUUACAAAACCACUGGUUAUCUAACUAGACGCUCAUGUAACGGCCGCUCAAAAACAAAACAGCUCACAGCAUAUAAAAGCUGAAUACAACCACCAGCAAGACAUCUACACGAUACAGAACUCCCUUGGAAUAAUGCUGAAGACAGUGAAACAAGCUUUGUUCUCAACUGGCCUGGAAUUACCAAAGUGGACAACUUUGGGAAAUGAGGGUGCAGAAUAUGAGACUAGGCAAUAUGAACCUACAAAAUGGGUGAGCACUAACCUGCUUUCUAUGAAAGACUGGGACUCAGCAGUUGGUACUGGCUUUAUGCGUCUGUUCAACUAUAUCCAAGGAAAUAAUGACAAAAAAGUGAAGAUUGACAUGACAGCGCCUGUAACAACCUAUGUAAAUCCCGGAGCAGGGCCUGCCUGUGAGUCUACUAUUACUGUUUCAUUCUAUGUUCCUCCUGAACACCAGAAAGACCCACCAAAACCAACUGAUGACAACGUCUUUAUUGAAGAACGAGCACAAGUGACUGUUUACGUUAGGUCUUUUACAGGCUUUACAAAUGCAGCAAAGAACCAAGAACAACUCCUACAACUGUCAGAAAUUUUAAAACGUGACGGGAAAUCGUUUGAUGAGAACGCCUACUACACAGCUGGCUACGACAGUCCCUUUAAACUAUUUAAAAGACACAAUGAGGUGUGGUUAGUGGCAAAAGAAUGACACACUGAAGCACGAAACAAGAUAACAAUUGUUUACAUUUAAAAAAAAUAAAAAAUAAAAAAAUAACAUCCUUAAUACAAUUUAAAGGAAUAUUAUACUCAGUUUACUCCUGUAUAUGAAAAAGCAGCAGAUACACCUUUUUUUCAUGGGAAAAGAAAGCAUUACAAGGGAAGUAUAACUCAAAUGGUUCUAUCCUGUAUAUAAAAGAGUAGAAGUUCAACAAUAAAAAUCUUUUUUUGCAUUAAUAAGGUUAAGGGAAAAAAAUAAAAUAAAAUUAAGAAUGAUUGUGAUUUGAGACUAUGUCGCUUGCUGGCUAUUUGGGAAAACUACAGCAUGAAAAGUUAGUUUUAUUCAGCUCAUGAAGAUCAGUUUUUGGAAAAAAACAAAGCACUGUAAUACAUUACAGAAACAUUCUCUUUCAGAUGCAACAGAGAGAAUGUUUUAGUACCAUGUUUUUUUUAAGAAUUUUUGAGGAAUCAACUACAGUACCCUCUAACAAAAGAACCUAAAACACUUGCUAUUUGCCUUAUUUUCUUCUCAGACUGUUCUGUUUUGCUGACUGCUGAAAUGAGAGGUGCUCUAUAACUGUAUAAAUAUUAUUGUUUGCAUUUUAUGUAUUAAAUGUUAACAUAUAUGUAAUUAUUUCUAUUUAAUGAAUAAAUACAGAAAUCUGUUACAUUUCUUUCUCUUUA